AUGCCUGAGACCUAUACACUCGGUGUCAUCAACGACAGCCGGCAAUGGCCGUCACAGUUUGGCGGGCCGCCGGUCACAGCUUCGUCGGCCUUCUCUCUCAGUCAACUUGGCGAUGCCCUCAAGUCAUAUCUUAGUCUCCAGACAGUAUGGCUAGGGCUUCUCGUCCUUUUUCUGAUUCUGAAUCUCAAGAAUCUGCCACUUAUGUGGCAUGUGCCCCUGAAGCCAUGCCACAUCUUCCAGCCCAUCAUCACCACAUCCCAGACGCAACUGCUAGAGAUCGACUUCAAUAUCCACAAGUCCAACUCGUCCUACUUCUCUGACGUCGACAUUGCACGCACGCAUCUGGUAUGCACUCUGUUCGCCAAAGGCAUUGAGCAGAUGCGUGGCGGCACGGAGGCAUACACGGGAUCCAAGCAACCAGUGUUUGGCCUUGCGCUCGGUGCCGUCUCGUGCAACUUCCGUCGGGAGCUGCGGCCAUAUGAGUCCUACGAGAUGUGGUCGCGCAUCCUUUCUUGGGACGAGAAAUGGGUGUACAUCGUGACUCAUUUCGUGCGGCAAGGCGCUGCUAAGCCAAAGAGCUACUCCCUGUACCCUGAGCAGGGUGGACAGAUGAGCGCCCUGGAGGAGGACGAAAGCAUGCUCCGGAGAGUCAGCAUCGACAGCAACUCGUCCACAGAGGAUGAGUCGGGCUUCAAGCCUGAUAAGCAAAUUUACGCUACCGCAUUAAGUAAAUGUGUCUUCAAAUCAGGACGGAAGACGGUCUCCCCAGAGUUCAUGCUACGGAUCUCAGGUUUGUUACCUGGAAGUCUAGACGAGGCCAUGGGGGAGGACGACACUGCACAAGAACUACGCGAGAUAGAGUUCCAGAGAAAGAGAGGCAUGAAGAUUGCGUCUCAACUUGCGGCACAGAACCAGCAGGCUCUCGAGGAAGAGUUCAGGGGCGGCAGUGGUGAGGUGCUCGGUCGGCACACAGACGGUGCCGGUAUUGGCGGUAACAAGUCUGACUGA